CCCUCAGCCCCGGGGCGUGACGGGGUGGGGGCAAAGAAGAAGGUAAGAGAGAGUUCGGAAAGUGAUUGUUCUAGGCGUGCGAGCGAGCGGGCGGUCCGGCGGUUCCCUAGCUAGACCCGCUGCGCCGGCCUCCGGGGCGGCUCGCCGUGAAUGUCUGCACUAGGAGGGGAAGCUGGUUCAAGUGUAGCGGAGUAGUCAGCCGCUCGACCCCCGCGGGGGGUGGGAGAGCGAAGGGAGAAAUCCCCGAGGAAGCCGGCUCGCAGCAGCGGGGAUGCCUGCGAGGGUCGAGCGACUCCAAGGCUGAACAGCGCCCCGAGGACGGAAGCCCGCCCAUCUGCGGGAGCCGAGGAGCCACUUGGCCGAGACGCGACCUCAGAGUCAGGGGAGCGGCCGCAGGCGGUGGGGAGCCUCGGGACUCUUGGCGUUCUCCCGGGCGCGGAGGUUGCAGCCACAACUGCCAGCGUCGCGGACGACCCCAGGGCGGCCCUAAGCCCGAAGGGGCGCACGGGGACCGGUGCUCUCUCAGCGCGUCUCCCUCGUGUCCGGGCCCGGAGUCCCCGCCGGGCGAUGCGAAGCCCCCGUGGGACCGUGUGCUUGCCGAGCGCCAGAUCUCCGCUCUCCGGCAGCUCUGGAAGGCGGCCCGGGGGGCACAGUGAACAGCCGGUGGAAUAGGAGGAGGACGACACUGCAAAGUCGACGCCCCGCUCGGCUCGUCCAGUAGAGUAGCGGAGGCCGGUCCCGAACUCGCCCUUUCCCUUCCGUACCCCGGGGCCGGUGGGCCCGCGGCAACGUUGGGCUCUCGCCCCCGCCUCCCGGAGACCGAACUCACGCCAAGAACUGCGAUGCUGCAGCUGCGGCCGCUGGGCGCCUAGUGUUCAGGGACCCUCGUUUUUUGGCUUGGCUUCCCCAAGCUUAGUUUGAUUUUUCCCUCGGAGGAGGGGGAAACCUCCUGAACUUUUCGAAACCGUACUCUAUUUUCUUUUUUCUUGCUCCCCAUUACCAGGAGAUUUUGUAUAUUAACCCAGGAUACAAAAUGGCGGGGCCCUUAUGGGGAGCAAUUGGGUCUCCGCUGACUUCUUUUUUGCCUCUUCUCCUGCUGACCCAAGCACUGCUGCUAUUGCUCGGUUCGGCAGCCCCCGGCCCGGGCUGGCCCUGCCCUACCAACUGCAAGUGCACUGAGAAACUGCUGGACUGCAGCAGUCUGAGGCUGGCGGCGCUUCCCGUGGAGCACCCCCCCUGGGGGGCAGUAACUCUAAACCUGAGCUACAAUAGGCUGACAGAGAUCAAUCCUGCCAUCUUUGACGACCUGCUGAACCUUGAGGAAAUGCAUCUGAAUGACAAUGACCUGACUACCAUCCCGUUUCUGGGCAAUGCCUCUUCCCACAUUAUCUCGCUCUAUCUGCAACACAAUAAGAUCCGCAGUGUUAUGGGAAGUCUACUGAAGCCAUAUGUUUCCUUGGAAGUGUUGGACCUGAGUUCCAAUAAUAUUAUGGAAAUAAGAAGCACUUGCUUUCCACAUGGACUUGUCCUAAAGGAGCUCUACCUGGGGAGCAACCGAAUCAGCACCCUAGAGCCCGGUGCUUUUGAUAGUCUGUCACGGUCCCUGCGAACACUUCGUCUGAGUAAAAACAGGAUCGCCCAUCUUCCUGUGAAAGCAUUCAAGUUACCCAGGCUAACACAACUGGAGCUGAACCGGAAUCGAAUUCACCAAAUUGAGGGGCUGACUUUCCAGGGACUGGACAGCUUGGAUGUUUUGAAACUGCAGCGCAACAGUAUCAGCAGGCUGACAGAUGGAGCAUUCUGGGGUCUGGCCAAGAUGCAAGUCCUGCAUCUGGAGUACAACAGUUUGACGGAAGUGAACAGUGGCUCACUCUAUGGCCUCACCGCUCUCCACCAACUUAACCUCAGUAACAAUUCAAUUUCCCGCAUUAGCCGAGAUGGUUGGAGUUUCUGUCAGAAGCUGCAUGAGCUGAUAUUGUCCUUCAACAAUCUAACUAGACUUGAUGAAGAAAGCUUGGCAGACUUGAGUAGCUUGCAUAUCCUGCGUCUCAGCCAUAAUUCUAUUAGUCACAUCGCAGAAGGUGCCUUCAAGGGACUCAGAAACCUGAGGGUCUUGGAUCUGGACCAUAACGAGAUCUCGGGCACAAUAGAAGACACCAAUGGGGCUUUUACGGGCCUAGACAGCCUGAACAAGCUAACUCUGUUUGGAAACAAGAUCAAGUCCGUGGCCAAGAGAGCGUUCUCAGGGCUAGAGGGCCUGGAACACCUGAACCUUGGAGAAAAUGCAAUACGGUCAGUCCAGUUUGACGCUUUUGCCAAAAUGAAGAAUCUGAAAGAACUCCACAUCAACAGUGACAGCUUCCUGUGUGACUGCCAGCUGAAAUGGCUUCCCCAGUGGUUGAUGGGGCGGACUCUGCAAGCCUUUGUGGUAGCGACCUGCGCUCAUCCCGAGUCGUUAAAAAGCCAGAGCAUUUUCUUGGUGCCGCCAGAGAGUUUUGUGUGUGACGACUUCCCCAAGCCUCAGAUCAUCACCCAACCAGAGACCACCAUGGCCGUAGUGGGCAAAGACAUCCGCUUCACCUGCUCGGCCGCCAGCAGCAGCAGUUCGCCCAUGACCUUUGCCUGGAAAAAGGACAACGAGGUCCUCCCCAAUGCCGACAUUGAAAAUUUUGCCCACGUGCGGGCCCAGGCAGGUGAAGUAAUGGAGUACACCACCAUCCUGCAUCUCCGCCGGGUCACCUUUGGCCAUGAAGGACGCUACCAGUGUGUCAUCACUAACCACUUUGGCUCUACCUACUCGCACAAGGCCAGGCUCACGGUGAAUGUGCUGCCCUCGUUCACCAAGAUGCCUCACGACAUCGCCAUCCGGACCGGCACCACAGCCCGUUUGGAAUGUGCCGCCACUGGCCACCCUAACCCCCAGAUCGCCUGGCAGAAGGAUGGUGGCACCGACUUCCCCGCCGCCCGAGAACGCCGGAUGCACGUCAUGCCUGAUGAUGACGUCUUUUUUAUCAUGAACGUGAAGGUGGACGACAUGGGCGUGUACAGCUGCACGGCCCAGAACUCGGCAGGCUCUGUGUCAGCCAAUGCCACCCUGAUGGUCCUAGAGACUCCAUCCUUGGUCAUUCCCCUCGAAGACCGUAUGGUGUCGGUAGGAGACACUGUGGCCCUCCAGUGCAAAACCACCGGCAGCCCACCUCCCCGCAUCACCUGGCUGAAGGGAGAUCAUCCCCUGAGGGUCACCGAACGGCAUCAUUUCACCACCGGCAAUCAGCUGCUCAUUGUGCGGAACGUGGUGCCGGAGGAUGCGGGCACAUACACCUGUGAGAUGUCCAACGCCCUGGGUACAGAGCGGGCGCAUAGCCAGCUGAGCAUUCUACCAAGCCCCAGCUGCAGGAAGGAUGGCACCACCUUGGGCAUUUUCAUCAUUGCCGUGGUGUGCAGCAUUGUGCUGACCUCCCUGGUUUGGGUGUGCAUCAUCUAUCAAACGAGGAAGAAGAGGGAGGAGUACAGUGUCACCCAUACAGAUGAAACCAUUGUGCCACCUGAUGUUCCAAGCUAUCUCUCCUCCCAGGGUACCCUCUCUGACCGCCAAGAAGCGGGGGUCAGGGCUGAAGGUGGACCACAGGCAACCAGGCAAAUAGAGAGCAAUGGGGCCUGUCAGAGAGAUGGUGGAGGCUGCCCAGUUGUUCAAGCUCACGGCCCUACUUGUAGGCAGCCCAAGCUCUGUGUAGGAUAUAAUAAAGAAACUUGGAAAAUGCCUGAAAGAAUGACUAGUCCAGACAAAACAGCAUACAUGCAAGUUGUAGUAAGCGGUGACGGCAGCGAUGAUACCACCAUCGGCACCAGUUAUGCCAGGAACAAAGACUGCUACCCUCAGCCCUCGAAGCCUCCGGAGAGUAUGCACCCCCAACUGCCCAGCAACCCCGAACCAACUCCGAGUGACAGAGAACGGCCCAGCACGGGGAUUGUCAGGGUCCAGCACCCAAGUGACUCUCUCUACCCCAGUAACCACGAUAGAAUGAUGGUGUCGUACACAAAGACACCGCUGCCCCCAGAUGGCCAAGGUGGUUCUUUCCAGCUGUCGGUGAGGCCCUCCAAGGUCAACUGUGAUCUGCAGCCCCCAGCAGGCUCCCGGGCGGAGUUCAGUGAGACUCCCGCCCCUUCACCCGGCUUUCAGGAAAUUCCCGGUGAGGCUCAAGCGAAGCGUCGUCUUCUUUCUAAUGGACACUUACCCCACUCUGGUGACCCUGGCCACGAGCCCACACCACUGAGAGAAAACUGCCCCAGGCAAAGCAGCAUGCCGUUGCUCUUUGCACCCAAUGUCUAGGCUGUAUCUACCUCAACUCUGGAAUUGUCAGCCUCACCCCAGAGCCCAGUGAGGUAUGAGUGAGGCAAGGAGCUGAAGUGGUGGGAGGGGGAGGAAGCUUGUGUUCAAGCGUCACUGAUUUUUGUACAUAAUUUUAAACUUCCAUGUGAAGUAUCACUAGUUCAGAAGUGGACCUGCAUUGGGGGCACACAAGGAAGCAAAAGUAUUUGAUACCAUUGUAUAUAAGAGUUUUCAUAUUAUAUCUACAUCUAUCUAUAUCUUUUACAGAGGCUAUUUUAAUCUUUAGUGCAUGGUUAGCAGAGUGGAAUCUUACAGUUUGGGCCAUAUUAUUUCUAUAUCAGGUUGCUGUUCAUUUUUUUUUGUUUUUGAGAAAAUGAUUCUGGUGCCUUAAUGCAUGAAUGGAACCUGCAAAAAGAAAACCACAUUUAUUUAAACAUGAGGUUGGUCCUGUUUUUCAGUGAAAAGCCUUGGAAGAGUUGAGUUGGUUGUUUAAGCACAAAUCUCCCUUCCCUUGUAUUGCACUUAAAAUAGGAUCAGCCAGCCUGAACUUCCAAGGCCUGCUUAAGAGGGCAGGUGCUGAGUGAGAGAAGAGAGCAGUCCCACUCAGCCUGGAAGAACUUUAAGUUCGUCACUGCUCAAAGUGCUUUUGAGGGCUAUAGGCGAUUUGGGGGUUUAGGUUUCGAAAUAGCACCAGAGACACAGUUCUUUGGAGUCUAUCGUGUACAAAAGCCAACAACUACUUCAAGAAAAAUGGACAUGGCAUUGAAAGGGCAGACCACUGACCCACUCUCUGGUAUUGUACUCUCCCACGUGCUCUGCAUGCACUACGUGCUCAAUAGACGCCAUCGAUUGACCCGCUGUUGAAGCAGAAGCAAUGCCGCCUGCAUUUUACCAGUGACAUGUUGAGCCUUCUCUCAGCACUGUGCCUGGUCCUCCUUCUACAGCAGGACAUUUUCAGAGGCUAUCUGUUUGUGUGUCAGUGGUGCAGGAGGAGGAGAAAAUUUCAGAUCCCACUGAUUAAGCAAUACCAGCUUACAAGCCCGACUCUCUUAAGAGAUUGGCCUGAAUCAAUAAGCUCCUCGUUUUCCCUAGUCUUUAAGCUCAGCUGUGGGUCAUAACAAAGAUGAUUUAGUGUCAUUUACAAUUUCAUGAUAAAGCUUUUUAUUUAUAUAAAGGCUGCUUCUGGUGGUAUUUGGUACCUGUGGAUUAAUUAAUAUGUUAAUUUUAGUUCUGCUACUUACACCACUGUUAAAAAUGACCACCUACUAUUGGCCUGGGAAAAGAGAGGUUUCUUUUUUUGUUGUUUAUCCUUCUUACAUAGUGCUAGAAGCCAGCCCAAUUCUUGUGGGGUAAUGCGGAGGAGAGAGAGGGGCAGCUCACUUCCUCUGUGUGCCAUGUGGCCAUAUGGGCAUACAUACAAUGCCUAACGUAUUCCUUACGGGCCAGAUUUAAUUUUGCCAGCUUACCUGUCUGUUUCUGACUCUCUAGGUACAUUUGCACUUUGCGACAGGUGGCUACAUAACUGAAUGCCAACGUUGAAUUUAAUAAAAUAUGCCGAAAGCAAAACCCCUCAACCCCUCUCCUCCCCCCAGGAAGCCAAAAGAAAGUGUCCUAUUGGAUACAAACGGUGCAACAAUUUGUAGCAGGACAUCUAGCCAAAAACGUGUUAGCAUUAAAUUGAAAAUGUAAGCACAUUGGUCAACAAAUGAUAUUCUCAAUUUGUUAAAGUUAACUGUUUCAUGUUACUUCCACAAAAUAUGUGAAUUUGCUGCUUCUGAGAGGCAAUGUGAAAGAGGAAGUAUUACUUGUGUACAAAGUUAUUUAUUUAUAGAAAUUUGGUACAAUGUUGUACAUUGAAAAACAUGUAAAAUAUUGACAUGUCUAACAAAUGGCAUUGAAGUGUCUUUAUUAAAGGUUCAUUUAUAAAUUA